GCGAUCGUUCAUCGUUAAUUUUCGUAUAUUUUGACAAAUUUGGAAUAUGUCUCCUGUUUUGAUCAGUAUUGGCCAAAGGAAAUUUUAUAAAUCUACCUGUUCUGAGGCUUCAAUGUCUUACCCACUGAGCCAAAUCAAUAAGCUAUGAGCAGUCGCAUAGCGCUCUUUCUGGCCGUUUUAUUUCACGUGGGCUUCAAAGUUUUAGUUUUCAUGGAUCCUCCAGCAGCUUCUGAAGGAUCCGAGGGUUGCUGUUCCCUGGAGCUGAAUUUCCGAACGGUGCUUUUCUUAAGCUCGGUGAUCAUGUUCCUGUCCCGGUGCCGAAUAUUCCCGCCGCGCUACCGGAAGCUGCCCGAAUCUGUUAAAACUCUGGUUGAGUUUAUCAUAUUUCUACUGGUGAUAGAAAUGGCAAUGAUUUUACUGUGGUGUCGCAUCCAAACGAUAUUAUUUCUAAUUUUUGACUGUUUGGUGACCAAGCAGACGGCAAUGAUGUACGCAGACAUGGGAGGACAUAAGUUAGUCGUUUUUUUGACAACUUUUUUGAGUGUAUUGACAUUCGUGUACACGGCCAUGGCAACCGGAUACGUUGAUUGGGGAGAGGAAGCGUACGAAGGAAUGUGUCAAAGGCUGCAAUCAGCGAUGCACCGGUUCCGGAAACCGCAGUGUGCCCAAACGACGUCAUCUCUCAUUGACACUUGCACCGAUUCGUCGUUGAUGAUGGAUUCAACUUCAACGGUUAGGAGCACCAGGCAAAGAGCCCGGAGCAGCAGCCGGUAUCGAGCCGGAUGCGAACCUUCUUGUCCUCGGCGAAGGAGAUCGCGGUCUCGGAGGCGGUGAUAGUGGGAUCAGAUA